CUGUCAGAGUGGAGAGGCAGAGGCGAGUGUGUGAGGAGGAGCUGGCGAGCGGGGCCGCCGGGCGGGCAGGGCCAAGCCGAGGGCGGCGAGGACGGGCAGAGACAGCGCGCGCGCUCUGGUCCGCGGCUGCCGCCGGUCGCCCCCAGCACCGGGAGCCCCGCGCGGAGCGUAAACAAGGCGGUGGCGGCGGCAGCAGGAAAACACCAUCCACCCACCGCCAGCGGCGGCAGCAGCGAGGGGCGGCCGGGCGGGGAGGGGAGGAGACACGGCCGCAGCCGAGACAGCGCCCCCCGUCAGCAGCCGCCGCCACUGCCUGGGGCCCGGACCAGGCCCCCCCGCUUGAGCUGUCCCCUGCAGGGGCCGCAGCUGGGCCGCGGGAAGAGACCCCCUGAGGCGAGCCCCGCACCGGGGGCCGAAGCGGCGCGCGGAGGAGCGGGGCGGACGGGGCUGGGAGCGCCGGGCCGGAGGGCGGCCGGAGCCCCUUGGCGGCGGGCCUCGGGCCGGUCGGCUCGGCGUGCCGUGGAUUAUUUGGCAGGGGGCGGGUAGGUGGAUCGAGGCCCCAGUCUGUGGAGCGCCCCCUGCCGGUCACUGCCCCGUCCUCGGGCUGGUGCUUGUGCUGGGGACACAGCGAGGGGCAGGACUGCGGCGGCGGCGGCCCCUGUGACAGGCGGAGCGGGCUGACCCAGGGAGCCCCGGGCGCUUCUUCCUUCCUGCCGGGCCCGUCUCCUCAGACAUGCCCCGCUCUGGUGGCCGGGCUCGCCGAGGAUCAUGACUGCAGCGGCGAACUGGGUGGCGAACGGGGCCAGCCUGGAGGACUGUCACUCCAACCUCUUCUCGCUGGCUGAACUCACAGGCAUCAAAUGGCGUAGGUACAAUUUUGAAGGUCAUGGGGAUUGUGGCCCCAUCAUUUCAGCCCCAGCCCAGGAUGAUCCAAUUCUGCUCAGCUUCAUCCGCUGCCUGCAGGCCAAUUUGCUGUGUGUGUGGCGUCGUGAUGUCAAACCGGAUUGUAAAGAGUUAUGGAUAUUCUGGUGGGGAGAUGAACCAAACCUAGUAGAUGUGAUACAUCGUGAACUACAUAUGGUGGAGGAAGGACUGUGGGAGAAUGGGCUUUCCUAUGAGUGUAGGACAUUGCUCUUCAAAGCAAUCCACAACCUGCUGGAAAGAUGCCUGAUGGAUAAAAACUUCAUAAGGAUUGGAAAAUGGUUCAUCAGGCCUUAUGAGAAGGACGAGAAGCCUGUUAACAAAAGUGAACAUUUGUCUUGCGCCUUCACAUUCUUCCUUCAUGGGGAAAGCAACGUGUGCACAAGCGUGGAGAUUGCCCAACACCAGCCAAUCUACCUGAUCAAUGAGGAGCAUAUCCACAUGGCCCAGUCCUCACCUGCACCAUUCCAAGUUCUGUUGAGUCCUUAUGGUUUAAAUGGUACAUUGACGGGCCAAGCAUACAAGAUGUCAGACCCAGCAACCCGUAAAUUGAUUGAGGAAUGGCAGUAUUUCUACCCCAUGGUGCUGAAGAAGAAGGAGGGGCUGAAAGAGGAAGAGGAAUUGGGAUAUGAUGACGAUUUCCCUGUGGCAGUUGAAAUCAUUGUUGGCGGCGUACGUAUGGUGUAUCCUUCAGCUUUUGUUCUCAUCUCUCAGAAUGACAUCCCCCUGUCUCAGAGUGCUGCCAGUGCUGGAGGGCACAUCAGUGUGGGUCAGCAGGGACUUGGCAGCAUGAAAGAUUCCAGUAAUUGUGGGAUGCCGCUCACUCCACCCACUUCCCCAGAGCAGGCCAUCAUAGGUGAAAGUGGAGGUACUCAGAGCUCUGUCAGCCAUUCAGCUUCACAGGAGGGGGCAGUCACUCUGCACAGUCCAAAGAAAUCAGGGAAGAUUCCUCCAAAAUUCCACAAUCAUAUGGUCCACAGAGUCUGGAAGGAAUGCAUUCUCAACAGGUCACAGUCCAAGAGGAGUCAGAUUACUACUUCAAAUCUGGAGGAAGAAGUCCCAAGCAACACUGUUUCUUGGAAUUUUGUGGAUCCGGUCCAAAGAGUCAGUUGUUCUUGUUCCAGGCACAAGCUUUUCAAACAGCGCUGUGCUAUUGGCCCCAGCCGUCCCACAACGAUAUCACAGCCAGGGUUCAGUGUCGGAUCAUCAUCCUCUUCUUCCUUGCCACCACCUGCCUCUUCUAAGCACAAAACAACAGAAAGACAGGAAAAAGGAGAGAAACUGCAAAAAAGGCCUAUGAUGCCAUUUCACCAUCGGCCCUCUGUCACUGAAGAGCUAUGCAUGGAACAGGACACAUCAGGGCAGAAGCUGGGGUUGGUAGGGAUGGAGCCCUCUUUGGAAGUCUCUAACUCCAGGAAAUAUGAGAAGCAGCUAUCCAUACCCUCCAGAAACCCAAGCAAACAAAUUAAUCUGAAUCCCAUGGAUUCACCCCAUUCCCCCACGUCCCCUCUGCCUCCCACACUUAGCCCCCAGCCAAGAGGUCAGGAAGCAGAACAUUUGGACCCACCAUCAGUUGCUGUGAACCCAGCACUUUAUGGUAAUGGGUUAGAACUCCAACCAUUGCCCAGUCUAGAUGAUAGGACAGUUCUUGUUGGACAGAGGCUGCCGUUGAUGGCAGAGGUCAGUGAGACAGCUUUAUAUUGUGGGAUCAUUCAAAACAAUGAGUCAUCAGAUAAGUGGCAGAGCUAUGUUCUCCCAGCAAGUGAUGAUCCAGAGUUCAAGCCGCCAGAGCUCCGGUAUGACAGAUAUGAUGCCAAGAUGGAGGUAAAUUCAGACAGCACUGCACUGAAAAGACUCUUAGCACAACCCAACAAGCGGUUUAAAAUUUUGGAAGACAACAAACCAGUGCAGACACUGAACUAUCUUGAUGCCUUGCCUCUAAUACAGCAGCCUGGAGAAGGCCUGGGAGAUGUUAGUGAUCCUUAUACUUUUGAAGAUGGUGACAUAAAAUACAGUUUCACUGGCAAUAAAAAAUGCAAACUGGGGACUGAGAAAGAUCCUCUGAAAAAGAAUAAGUCAGAAGAUGGAAUAGGUACCAAGGAGAUCCCCACAACAGGUCAUUCUACACCGGUGCCUGAUGGGAAAGAUGCCAUGUCUAUUUUCAGUUCUGCUCCUAAAGCUGAUACCCGGCAGGAUUGUGCUGCAGGCCGAGUUGGCUCUAGCAGCCUCACACAGGUGACAGAUCUGGCUCCAUCACUUCAUGAUUUAGAUAAUAUCUUUGAUAAUUCUGAUGAAGAUGAGCUUGGCGCUGUAUCACCAGCUCUGCGGUCAUCAAAAAUGCCUCCAGCAGGAGCUGAGGAACGCCCUCUGGGGAAGGAUGGAAGAACAGCAGUACCUUAUCCACCAACUGUGGCAGAUCUGCAAAGGAUGUUCCCAACGCCCCCUUCCUUGGAGCAACACCCUGCCUUUUCCCCGGUGAUGAACUAUAAAGAUGGAAUAAGUUCAGAGACUGUGACAGCAUUGGGGAUGAUGGAAAGUCCUAUGGUCAACAUGGUUCCUACACAGCUCACAGAAUUUAAAAUGGAGGUGGAAGAAGGGUUAGGGAGCCCUAAACCUGAAGAAAUCAAGGAUUUUUCGUAUGUGCACAAAGUUCCAUCAUUUCAACCUUUUGUGGGCUCUUCUAUGUUUGCUCCAUUGAAGAUACUGCCAAGCCAGUGCCUGCUACCUCUGAAGAUACCGGAUGCCUGCAUGUUCAGGCCUUCUUGGGCGAUUCCUCCUAAAAUUGAACAACUCCCCAUGCCACCUGCAGCCACUUUCAUCAGAGAUGGCUACAACAAUGUGCCUAGUGUUGGGAGCCUCGCAGAUCAAGACUAUCUUCAGAUGAACACUCCCCAAAUGAAUACACCAGUGACAUUAAACAGUGCUGCCCCAGCCAGCAACAGUGGAGCAGGAGUACUGCCAUCCCCAGCAACUCCCCGCUUCUCCGUCCCUACGCCACGCACACCCAGAACCCCAAGGACUCCUAGAGGUGGGGGCACUGCCAGCGGGCAAGGAUCUGUAAAAUAUGACAGCACAGAUCAAGGUUCACCAGCUUCUACCCCUUCUACAACACGACCGCUUAAUUCUGUGGAGCCGCCCACUGUCCAGCCAAUCCCAGAAGCCCACAGCCUGUAUGUCACCCUGAUUCUUUCAGACUCCGUGCUGAACAUCUUUAAAGAUCGCAACUUUGAUAGCUGUUGUAUAUGCGCGUGUAACAUGAAUAUUAAAGGUGCAGAUGUAGGGCUGUACAUCCCAGAUUCAUCUAACGAGGACCAGUACCGCUGCACGUGUGGAUUUAGUGCAAUUAUGAACCGCAAACUAGGUUACAACUCUGGGCUUUUUAUUGAGGAUGAAUUGGAUAUUUUUGGCAAGACCUCAGACAUUGGCCAGGCUGCAGAGAGGAGGUUAAUGAUGUGUCAGACCACUUUACUUCCUCAGUUGGGAGAGGGAGCCAGGAGGGGCCAGGAACCCCCUAUGAGUCUCCUCCUCCUUCUCCAGAAUCAGCACACACAGCCUUUCACCUCUCUGAGCUGCUUGGACUACAUGUCCUCCAAUAACCGGCAGACACUUCCCUUUAUGAACUGGAGUUAUGACAGAGUGCAAGCAGAUAGUAAUGAUUCCUGGAUAGAGUGCUUCAAUGCCCUGGAGCAAGGAAGGCAGUAUGUGGAUAACCCCACUGGUGGAAAAGUGGAUGAAGCCCUAGUAAGAAGUGCUACUGUACACUCUUGGCCUCACAGCAAUGUACUGGAUAUCAGCAUGCUGUCCUCCCAGGAUGUGGUGCGCAUGCUACUGUCCCUACAGCCCUUUCUCCAAGAUGCCAUCCAGAAGAAGCGGACAGGCAGGACCUGGGAGAACAUCCAACAUGUGCAGGGACCCCUCACCUGGCAGCAGUUCCAUAAGAUGGCAGGACGGGGAACAUAUGGUUCUGAGGAGUCUCCUGAGCCUCUUCCAAUCCCCACUUUACUAGUGGGUUAUGACAAGGACUUCCUGACAAUCUCUCCAUUCUCCUUGCCGUUCUGGGAGAGGCUGUUGCUAGACCCAUAUGGGGGCCAUCGGGAUGUCGCUUAUAUUGUGCUGUGUCCAGAAAAUGAGGCCUUGCUCGACGGAGCCAAAACUUUCUUCAGGGACUUGAGUGCUGUAUAUGAGAUGUGUAGGCUUGGUCAACACAAACCAAUCUGCAAAGUGUUACGUGAUGGAAUCAUGCGGGUGGGAAAGACCAUGGCGCAAAAGGUGACAGAUGAGCUAGUGAGCGAAUGGUUUAACCAGUCUUGGGGCAGUGAGGAGUGUGACAAUCAUUCCAGACUCAAACUUUAUGCGCAAGUUUGCCGGCAUCACCUAGCACCUUACUUAGCCACUCUGCAGCUUGACAGCAGCCUGUUGAUACCACCUAAAUACCAAACCUCAGCGCCAGCAAGCCAAGGGCAAGCAAUGCCUGGGAACACUGGACCUGUACCCCCAAAUUCAACAUGUCUGUCAGCUCCUGGGGCACCACCAACAGGCAGUUCCUUUAAUUCCACGCCCAAUGGUGGGACCACUAACCUUGUAGCAGGGAGUAGUUCAGCAUCUGGAUCCUCUGUGCCACAGUUGUCAGCAACUUCCUCGACACCCAGCAUUAACCAGAUGAGCACUACCUCUUCUUCAGGGUUUAGUGGAAUUGUAGGUCCAGGGCAGAACACCAGCACUGGGGGAAAUUCUACAGACAGACCGCCAGGGAGCACAGGUUCUGGAGGAGACACAGAACCUGGACAGAACUCAUCACAGCAACAGCAAGAAGGACAGGAAAGUGUUACAGAGAGGGAGAGAAUAGGGAUUCCCACUGACCCAGAAUCUGCAGACAGCCAUGCCUAUCCUCCAGCAGUUGUCAUCUAUAUGGUGGAUCCUUUUACCUACACUGCAGAUGAGGAAUCUGCCUCAGCCAACUACUGGCUGUUAAGUUUGAUGCGAUGUUACACGGAAAUGUUGGAUAACUUACCUGACAAUAUGAGGAAUUCUUUCAUUCUCCAGAUUGUGCCUUGCCAGUACAUGCUGCAGACAAUGAAGGAUGAACAGGUUUUCUACAUUCAGCACUUGAAGUCUUUGGCAUUUUCAGUGUACUGCCAGUGCAGGCGACCAUUGCCCACCCAGAUCCACAUUAAAUCUCUUACUGGCUUUGGGCCAGCUGCCAGCAUUGAGAUGACCCUCAAGAACCCUGAGCGCCCCAGUCCAAUUCAGCUCUACUCUCCUCCUUUCAUACUGGCACCCAUCAAAGACAAACAAACAGAGCUUGGGGAGACAUUUGGAGAGGCCAGUCAGAAAUACAAUGUACUCUUUGUUGGAUAUUGUUUGUCUCAUGAUCAGCGCUGGCUCCUGGCAUCCUGCACUGACCUCCAUGGCGAGCUGUUGGAAACCUGCAUUGUAAAUAUUGAUUUGCCAAACAGAUCAAGGAGGAGCAAAGUGUCUGCACGUAAAAUUGGUCUGCAAAAGCUGUGGGAAUGGUGUGUUGGGAUUGUACAGAUGACAUCGCUGCCCUGGAGAGUUGUAAUUGGGCGACUUGGAAGACUGGGCCACGGGGAGUUAAAAGACUGGAGUAUCCUCCUUGGGGAAUGUUCCCUGCAGACAAUCAGCAAACAGCUGAAGGAAGUGUGCCGCAUGUGUGGGAUCUCAACAGCAGACUCUCCUUCUAUCCUCAGUGCCUGCUUGGUUGCCAUGGAGCCCCAGGGGUCCUUUGUAGUGAUGCCAGAUGCUGUCACUAUGGGAUCCGUGUUUGGCCGCAGUACUGCACUGAAUCUGCAGUCGUCUCAACUGAAUACCCCUCAGGAUGCCUCUUGUACGCACAUCCUGGUAUUUCCAACCUCUGCAACCAUCCAGGUAGCUCCAGCAAAUUAUCCCAAUGAGGAUGGAUUUAGCCCCAACAAUGAUGACAUGUUUGACCUCCCAUUCCCAGAUGACAUGGACAAUGACAUUGGAAUUUUAAUCACAGGGAAUCUCCACUCGUCUCCAAAUUCCUCUCCAGUUCCUUCCCCUGGUUCCCCUUCUGGGAUUGGUGUGGGAUCUCACUUUCAGCACAGUAGGAGUCAAGGAGAACGUCUUCUUUCCAGAGAAGCCCCUGAAGAGCUGAAGCAACAGCCUCUUGCUCUAGGAUACUUUGUAUCAACUGCCAAAGCUGAGAAUCUUCCACAGUGGUUCUGGUCAUCCUGUCCACAGGCACAAAACCAGUGUCCCCUCUUCCUCAAGGCCUCACUGCAUCACCAUAUCUCCGUAGCACAGACUGAUGAACUUCUCUCUGUAAGGAACUCUCAACGGGUUCCCCACCCCCUCGACUCUAAAACUACAUCAGAUGUUUUGAGGUUUGUUUUGGAGCAGUACAAUGCACUGUCCUGGCUCACGUGUAACCCUGCCACUCAGGAUCGCAGCUCCUGCCUUCCUGUUCACUUUGUGGUGCUCACUCAGUUGUACAACGCCAUCAUGAAUAUACUUUAAUAAAAAAGCACUUGUUCCUCUGGCUCAUUCCCCCCUUAACCUGAGAAAUGUGCCACAGUCUGCAAAAAUCAAAACUUUGCUUCUCUUCAGACCAGGCCCGAGGUCCUGUGCUGUGCUUCAGUUCCUCCAUAAGCACACGUGAUCUCUGCAGUGUUCAAAACUAAUCGACCCAUUGACACAUCUCUGGCAGCUUCUAUCAAAAAUCUGGGCCCAUCCAGAAACAGUGAAUAUACAGUAUCCUCAAUCCAGUGUUAUUUUAGAGGUCCAGUAAUUACUGGUCAGUGUGUAAUAAAGAAAAGGAAGAAUCUGAAGACGAUGUCCUUUUGCAAGGGGAACUGAUUUACAAUUAAGGGCAAUUUCAGCCCUGCACGUAAAGUCUUGUAGUGACCAGUUUGGGUUGCCUAAAGGUUACUUUGUUUGAACAGCGUAAGCUGGGAUUUUGCAGAAAAGGAGAACCAGUUAUAUUCUAUUAUAAAUAAUGGAGUUUCUGUCUACCUGGAGUUCCUAUCAGAGUGGACUGGGAUGAAUGCAUGCAUUUGUUUCCUGUCCAUGUAGAUGUGAAAGGUCUGGAGAUAUUUUAAUUUUAUUUAUUUUUAGGUUUUGUUGUUUAAAUUAUAGAGGACCAGGUACAGUAGAUGAUCCUAAAGACCCAGCUCCGUUCCAGCGGAGGAUUAUUUAUCUACAUACCUCUUACUCUUCUGACCUAGAAAUCAGAAAUGGAGCUAAAAAACAGUAACAAUCAAAAUACAAAUUAGGAAGACCAUGUGCGAAAGGGGAGCACAUUCAGAACUCUAAUAGUGUCAGCAUUUUCUGAUAAGAACAUGCUCUGCUUUAAAGAAUUCAGCUGUAUUUAGCCUGGUUAAAGCAAGAAGUGGCCAGUGUUUAAUGAAGGAUAACACUACCAUAUGGAAGAAAAGAGAGAGGGGUGGGGAGGGAAAACAUUUUAAAGCCCAAAAUAAAGGCAAAUUGAAAGGGGUAAGUUAAUCUAUUGUAGAGCAAUGACUGAGAUAUAUUUCCAAUGAAUUUAAUGAUGUUAGAAAACUAUUAUUGAAACCUGAGUCACCCAUAGCUCGGGGCAGACUAGUCCAUGUACAUAUCCAAAAGUAUGUUUUUUGUUUACAAUGAAUCAGUUACAAAUCUGGUGUAUUUUUUCUGACUAUAGGAAUAUUAUUUCAAAGAAAUAAUUUUUAAAAAUUAUAUCAUUAAAUUAGUACUUGAAGCUAUGCCACUGUGGUGGAAAAGUUACUUUGUUUAGUAAAACAAUUGCCAUUUUUAAAGGUUAAUGGUGAAUUGAAGUAUUUUUAUGACUCCUUCAUUCCAGGCUUCAAGGGGUUUAUAUUUAAACUCCCAUUUUCUAAUGUUUGUUGUUGCACUGUGCAGCAGGCAUGGAUUGCCUUAUGUGAGGGGUCAGGGCACUCGGAUCAGGCUGUGAGAUCUAGUUAUCUAUGGAGAAAAUCCUACAAAUUUAAAGUUCUUCCAAAAGACUUUCAUGUUCUGGUUAAAAAAAAAUUAAAUUCUAUGAUUUUAAAAAGUAUUUUUCUUGAGAUAAUGUAACAUUUAAAACAAAUUAUAUUAAAAAAUUGCUUUUGUGAUGGGAAGGUGAAAGCAGAGGAGUAACCUGUAAAUGGAUAAUUUCAGUCUCUGCUCCAAGCCACCCAUGUGGGUGUCUCUUUGCAAUGUAUAGGUAAAAAAAAAAAUUAGAUAUCAAAACCAUUUGUAUCUAAUGUGUACAGUGUAAAAUUGACUUUAAAAAUAUUGCAGUACUAUUUUUUCUUAAUCAGAAAAGAAAAUUCUCAAGGCCUUUUGAAGAGCAUAAAAAAUGAAGAUUGUAAACUUGUAUAAAAAAAUUUAACUUGGGGAGGAAAAAAAUGUAAAGUAGACAUUUGUAAUCUUUUACCACUUUGGGGUUAUUUGUUCCCAGGAUUCAUCUGAACUUUGAAUUAUUGUUUUGUUUGGGGCUUUUUUUUUUAAAUGGGCUGUUUUUAUCCAGGGGCUUUUCUUCCCCAGAAACCCAGUUCUAAGCAAAAAUAAAAAAAGGGCAGCAAGGAGUAGUUUUCAUCUGGUGUCAUUUUUAUUUAAUUUUUUUUUUAAGUUAAGAGAAGUUGUUGACAUAUUUAUAUGUUUUUGUGCAAAAUAAAUGAAUGGCAAUAGAUUUUAAAGAAAAAAUCUUAUGUACUUCAGUGUGAAAAAGUCUGUAUAAUAUUUCCCUUAAAUAUGCAUUAUUUUACUUGUGAGUUUUUUACUGAAUUAAUCUGAAAUGUACAAGCCCUGGCUUUCCUACAGCGUGAAGAAGUUUUUUUUUUCUUAAUUUCUAACUUUGGAAAUCAUGCUGAAAUCAAAAUUAUUAUUACAGUUGUUUGAGCUAGAGGGAGAGGGUGGGGGGAGGAGGGAAUGUCCAGCAUGCUUGUAUGUAUAUUUCAGAACCUUUUUUAAAUGUAAAAGCUGUACAUUUCGGGGGAGUUCUGAAUUUCUUUGUUUUGUUUUUUUUUCUCUGAGCAUUUUGCAGUGAGCUUCUUUUAUAUAUAGCCAACAAUUUGAAAGAAAACAAAAAAAAAUGUGAAGUUCAUUUUAAAUCUACAGUAUAUCGCUGGUACAGUACACUAAAAAGACUUUGAUAAAAAGAAGAAACAAUAAUAAUAAAGACCUCCAUUUUAAAUGUCAUUCAUAUAUACCUUGUGGAUGAGAGCUAUAUACUUUUACACACUUUUUUAGAUGAAUAAAUUAUUGAAUUACUGAAA